AUGGUCUUCGUGAACUCGUCGGACUAUCUGCCUACAACUGAAGCUACCGGAGUUCGUAUCACUAUUCACAGCCAGCGACAGUGCCCUUUUCCAGACACGUUCGGGUACUCGGCUCCUACCGGAGCCAUAUCGUCUUUCGGUAUUUCACUUAGAAAAGUAACCCGUUUGCCAAGCGGUGGCUGCUUCAAUCCUGACAGCCCGCUGCCACUGGGUUAUAUUUAUAAAGACUACAGUUAUGAGCCUGAAGGAUGUUACCGUAAUUGUUAUCAAAAGCGAAUAAUCAAUCAGUGCAGAUGCGCCGAUCCACGGUUUCCAAAGCCAUCGGAUCGAGUGACCUAUUGCGAUAUUCGAAAUGAUAUCAUAAGAGAAUGUUUGUCGGCGGAGAGUAUUCGGAUGGUUAAGCGAAAGUCCUGCAGAUGUACUCAUGCUUGCCAACAGGAUGUGUAUACUACUACAUAUUCGGCGGCUAAAUGGCCAUCAGGAAGUACGCGUAUGGAAUGCGACGAAAAGGAUUGCGCUUCGUACUACAAGUAUGCAUAG